AUGCUUACAUGCAUGCAAAAUCAAUUUGGCUUGCAAGCCAAAAUGAACACGACAAGUAAACCUUCACUGACUUCGCUUCCCGCAUCUGCCCCCAUCCUUUCUUCACCUUUUUUCACCUUGCACUCUCUCUCUCUUUCUCUCUCUCUCUCUUUCUCUCUCUCUCUCUUUCUCUCUCAACUCUCUCUUACUCUCUCUCUAAAUCCCUCUUUAAAUCUCUCUCUCAUACUCUCUCUCACUCACUCUCUCUCUCGCUCUCUCUCUCUCUCACAUUUCAUUGAGAAGGUGGUCGCAGCAGCAGCAGCAGCAGGAGAGCCUGGCAGGGAGCUUGCAUACUUGGCUUACUAUCAAUACACCUGCAAGAUGACGACGUGCUUUGAUCAAGUCAAGGGUGGCUUUGUGGUUGGUGGAGCUCUGGGCCUUGCAGCUGGUGGUGUUUAUGGCACCCUGACCUGCAUGAGUGCUGGCUACCGCGGCCGCAAGUUGCUGCGCGGCACGGCCCUCCAGAUGCUAACCUUUGGCGCCACCUUUGGUUUCUUUCUGGCUGUCGGCACGGGCAUCCGUUGCGAGGAGGCGACUCCAGCGCAACCUCUUCCACUCGCGCUGCAGCACCGUCGUGCUCCAGUUGCCGGUUCCAUCUCGACAGUCAACCCCUUCGCCUCAGCCGUGCAACAAUAA